ACGCAUUGAGGUUAGGUAUCAAAAUUCGGAGCCCACUACACAAGUUGUCAAUCGGUUGAUUAGCUCGUACUUCUGUUUUUGGCCUUGGUUUUCUUUUUUAUAAAUAACAAAAAUAAAAUAGAAUGUUCAAUUUUGUUGCAAAACAAUCGUUCAAUACGACCCGAAAUAUUGUUAUAAAUCCAGCAAUAUUAGCACGCACCAAAGUGGUCGAUCUCAAAGUGAAAUGGGAACGACCCGAACGAGUUUCACGCUAUAGUCGUGUGAGAAGUGGCGAUAUUGGCACUUACGUUCAACCAGAUCCAUCGAAUGUUUGCCUACAAUAUCAAUAUGCCACCGAAUUAGAAAAUGCCGAGCCAAAUGUACGAAAUCAAUUCACCCUUGGAUGGCAUCCAAUGGAAUACAGCAAAGAGUUUUAUGAGAAAUCUUUGAUGGACUCGGUACGAUCACAUCGCUAUGACUAUACAUCGCCUGUGGCCAUGAUUGCUCAACUGACCGGCAGCAUUCGAUUCAUGCAACACGCAAUAGAAAACGGUAUUGUGCACAGUCGAAAGCGACACUUUUACAAACUGGAAACGUAUAGAUUGAUUCAGGCACGUAUUCAAUUGAUUAAAAAUCUACGUGAAACCGACUAUAAACAGUACGAAUGGCUGCUGGAACGAUUGGAUUUGGAAUUUAAGCCAAAGCCACAAAAGGAAGAUGAAAUUAUGGUUGCAAGAAAAGAGGGUUUGCGUCAAUUGACCAGAACCUAUUGCGAAGAUGUACGAAAACAAAAAUUGGACGCUUAUCGAAAAGAAUUGGAAUCACAACAGUUGCCAUUCUUGGCGCAAAAAUUGAAGAAUUUAAAAUUUAUUCGAAACGAACAGAUUGCACUGAAAGUCGAUAUAACGAUUUCCAAACAGCAAAUUGACGAGGUCCGACAACAGUACGAGCAAUUGAAGAUAGUGGAAGAUACCAAAAAGAUCGAACCAACCAAAAAGAAAUGGAAGAUCUACUAAGAAAAAAACAAACAAAACAAAACCCAUUUGUGUAUGGAUGUUAAUUUUUUAGUAUUCAAGGGAUAAAUCAAAUAAAACCAGGAUGUUUUCAAAAAUAAAAAAAAA